AGCUUAAAGAUCGAACUUGUAACCAUAACAUUGGUAAUUGAUAAGUUUCGACAUCAGCGUACAUGUAAGUUACACAUAUAUCCAUUUGUAUAUUAUAAACCUUUCCAAAUAAGGUAAAUGACGAAUAUUUAGAAGAUGAUUGUGAAAUGUGUUUAUUAACCGUUUCAUCAGGAAGUUUAUAUAAACAUGAACCAUCGACAAUUAUAUACAAGACGUUACUAUAUCAAGUGAUAUUUGAACUUUCGGCAAAUUGACUAAAUUUAAACAUUUGAUCCAAUUUUCAUUAUAUAACGCUUCAUCGUAUUCAUUAAAAAGUGUAUGUUUUUAUAGUUUAUUAUAUAUACAAAAACUAUGAUCAAAUAAACAAAUGAAAACAAAACAAACAAAAAAAAAAAACCACAAUAAUUUUAAGGUCACAGUCUUCAUCCCAAAGUGAAGAACGAACACUUUUGCUAUACACGGUCUGCAGGUGAAGCAUAACAUUAAGAGAUAAUGUCCUGCGUGACUCUUUUAAGGUUUUGAUUUGCAGAUAAUUACGAGAAUACUGUAAAUUACUUCAGAGUGUUAUGUACAUAAUUGAAUUACAAGUACCGGUGACACUAUCAUUAACCUCUUUUUAUCACAGCAUCGGUUAUAUUCAAGAUUGAAAAUAUUUUUAUUCGACACACAAGGAUGAUCAAAUUACCAUGUGUCAUCUUGCAUUAAAAAAUAGUUAGCUUUUAACAGUUAAAUUUCAAAUGAACUGGAAAGCGGAUUACAUUACAGAGAAGUCAUGCGUCACAUACUACACAACUUCCUUUUCCUCGCUGUUCUAAAGUUUAUAACAGGCAAAAAUGGAGAAUUUGUGACCAGCUUGAUGGACGACUGUUCUUUGGAAGAAACUUCUGUUAUAUGUGAACACAGCCUGCCACAAGUUCUGCCCGAUAACGUAUCAAGUGUUAUAGUCAAAGACUUCUUACAUGUGAGAAUAAAGAAUGAAACGUUUACACAUAAGAGCUGGAUGACGAUAUAUUUCCUGGAUAUAACAGUGAAUCUUCAUGUGAAGUUUUAUCUUUAUGAUUAUAAUUUUUCCUCACUCAAAAAUUUGAAAACACUCGGAAUACAUUCCCCUGAAUUAACAAAUAGCGACCAAAAUCAUAUUCUUUAUGGACUUAUGAAGCUGAUGUCGCUGAAUUUGUCAUCGUGUUAUUAUCUAAAUGCGGCAGCUAUAUUAAACAUGUUAGAGACACACGAAGAAAGCGUAGACACAUUGAUUCUUGACCAGCUGGCGGCUUCUAAAGACCGCUAUCUAGUUUUAGACGGCGCAUUUUUUAAAUUGGUUAGUAAAUUGAAAAUAAGGAAGUUAAGUUUAAGUGGAUGUAACUUAUUAUUUAGCGGUUCAUUUCAAAUAACUAAUUUAUCAUUUUAUUUAAAUGAUUUUGAUAUUUCAAACACGACACUGAUAGAUAUCAGUAAUACGUCUUUAAGCACAAUACUAUUGAAAACUGUAUUAUCUCACCUAAAGAGUCUUGAUUUAUCCCUUAUUAAAUCUAGAUUCUUUGAUAUAGAUUAUGGUGCACUUGACAAGAAAAGACUUAUUCCGAUAUGUGACGGGAGUAUCGAUAAUUACAUUGGUAGUCUGUUUCUCAAAGUUGAACAUUUGAAAUUAAAUGGAAUAUUGUCUAGAAGUGUAAGGAUAAACAAUUCUUUUUUUAACCUGUCAACAUGUAUAAGUAAUCUCAAGUCAUUACAGUUACGAUCAAACAAGUUACACUUUUUAAAUUCAACAAUAGUUUGGCCAGACACAGUGCAACUAUAUGAACUUGACUUAUCUUCAAAUGAUCUGGAAUAUUUAUCCCCUUUUGCGUUUGGAACUAUCUUGUCAUUAGAAGUAUUUCUCCUUGCUCACAAUAAAUUAUAUCGCAUGUCCUCUUAUAUGGAAUUCCAAAAUCUGCUCUUUCCUUUUAAACAUUUAUGGCACCUUGAUAUGUCACAUAACCAAUUAAACAAACUCCCCUUUGACUUUUUUUCUCAUAAUAUUAAUUUAACUAUACUAGAUCUGUCCCACAAUGAGUUAUCUUCAAUCAAUUUUAAAAUACGACAUCUAAUUAACUUACGUUUUCUAAAUAUGGAACAUAAUAAGAUCCUCUUCAUUGAAGGUUCCGAUGUAAGUAAUCUUGCGUUGUUAAUAGAAACUAUGCCAAAACCUGUCGAAAUCAGUUUUGCUCAUAAUCCUUUGCUUUGCAUCUGCAAGUCAAAAGAAUUUAUUACAUGGUUAUCUUCGUAUAUUCAAGUAAACAAAAAAUAUAAUUAUGUAUGUACAUAAGAGGGAAAUAAAAUUCCACUUGAUGAUACGGCACUUGAAAAUGUAAAGUUUCUGUGCAUACGUUCAACAAUAGUCGCAGUUUCAGUAUCGAUAGGCCUAACAGUGUUUUGUAGUGUCUCUCUUGGUACUGCAAUUGUUGUGUACAGGAAGAAACAACAAAGAAAAGCAAGAAAACGGUUCAGUUUUCUAGAAGAUUUUAGAAAUGGAUUACUGGAACAGAAGUUUUUAUGCUUCUUAUCGUUUUCCAGUGAAGAUGAAGGACAUGAAAUCAGUGAACUUUAUGAACAAUUAACAGAAUCAUUAAAAACAUUGACAGGAAUAGAGCAAGAACUGGUGUGUGUUGGCAACAGACAGUUUAAUCUAGGCUUUCCAAUCGUUGAUGAAAUAUUACGCAGUAUAACGGAAAGUUGUGUUACAAUUUUUGUGGCUACAAACAACUUCUGUGAAAGCCAUUGGUGUCAAAUGGAACUUCGAGAGGCCUACGAGCUCAAUAAACCCAUAAUACUUAUUUGCAAAGAGGAAAUUGACUUAACAACUACGCCACCUUUAAUGUUGAAAAUAUUUAAGCAAUUUACACGAGCUAAGCUCGUUUCAAAGGAAGAUGGCGGAAUUGAAAUUUUACCAGACUUUGAACAACUCUCCAGAUCAGUUGUAAAACAUGCGUCGUGGCAUUACGAAAGAAGAACUAACUAGAAAUAUAUUCAGUUCGUGUAGUUAUAGACCGUAUAUUCUGUUACGAACUUGUUUAAUUUUAUUUUUUAAUUUUUUUAAUUCAUGAAUUAUUUUUAAUUGAAUAGCAUUUUGUGAUGUAUAUUUUAGAAAUAUUAAUAAAAAAUAAUACUUUCAAACAUAAAGCAAUGCUGCAAGCAUUUUUAUAGGCUGUUAUUCAGACUUUGACCAAAAUUGAUUUGUUCGAAACUUUAUCAAUAGAGCAUUUACACUUAUUAGUGUUCAUGGAGUGAUUACGACGUGUUAGAUUUUCAAGGAAGUAAUCUUAUAAUUUUCUUUUCCUAUCCUAGUUGCCCGACCAAGAUUUAUUUUACCACAAGUAUAAAUUAGUAAACAUAUUUUGCCUACGGAAAGAUAUGAAUGUACGAAUUAUUGUCUUAUAAUUGUUAAAGGUUUGCAUUGAAAUAAUUGCAUAUUUAGCCACAAUUCUUUAGAUAUGUAAGUUUGUCAUGUUAUUGUUACCUGUGUUUUUCUCUACUGUGCGCACAUCCAAUAUUGAUUAGAAAUAAACGAAUUUGAAA